CUGAAUUGCCUAAAUUGUUUCGCUAGAAACCUCCUUCCAUUAUUGAUUGACUUUUUCAUUACAAAUUUUAUAUUUUUACAUCCAUAAAUAUCACAGUCGUCAGUCAUCAGCUGAACCUCAGCUCAUUCACCUAACAACCUCUCUCGCUCCGUCACUCACUGAGCAGUGAGCAACGAAAGAAAUUCGCAUGGCAAUGGCUGCCACCGCAGUUUUCAAGCUUUCCUCCAACCCGACCGCCGCCAGAAACUGUAAUUAUGAGGAAUUUGUGAAGUCGUCGUCCUCCAGGCACCUCUCUUUCGCGGCUUCCGUCGCCGGCAAGAGCAUCGCGCCGCCAGCGCUACUUGGGCUGCGACGGCGUCGUUUAGGUGGUAAAUUGGGACGCCGGAGUCCGAUGAUCGUAUCACCGAAGGCGGUGUCCGACUCCCAGAAUUCUCAAACCUGCCUUGAUCCUGACGCCAGCAGAAGUGUCUUGGGUAUUAUUCUUGGAGGUGGAGCUGGUACUCGACUUUAUCCUCUUACAAAGAAGAGAGCAAAGCCAGCUGUUCCUCUUGGAGCAAAUUACAGGCUAAUUGAUAUUCCCGUGAGCAAUUGCUUGAACAGUAACAUUUCCAAGAUCUAUGUCUUAACCCAAUUCAAUUCAGCAUCCCUUAAUCGUCACCUUUCGAGGGCGUACGCUAGCAACAUGGGAGGUUACAAGAAUGAAGGUUUUGUUGAGGUUCUCGCAGCUCAGCAAAGUCCGGAAAAUCCCAAUUGGUUCCAGGGAACAGCAGAUGCAGUGAGGCAGUAUCUAUGGUUGUUUGAGGAGCACAAUGUUCUCGAGUACUUAAUUCUUGCUGGUGAUCAUUUGUACAGAAUGGACUAUGAGAAGUUCAUUCAAGCCCAUAGAGAAACAGAUGCCGACAUUACUGUGGCCGCCUUGCCCAUGGACGAAAAGCGGGCUACGGCAUUUGGUCUGAUGAAAAUUGACGAAGAAGGACGAAUCAUUGAAUUUGCCGAGAAACCAAAGGGAGAACAACUGAAAGCUAUGAAGGUCGAUACUACCAUAUUGGGUCUUGAUGAUGAGAGAGCCAAGGAGAUGCCUUACAUUGCGAGUAUGGGAAUAUAUGUUGUUAGCAAAGAUGUGAUGUUGAAUCUGCUAAGGGAUGAGUUUCCUGCAGCCAAUGACUUUGGGAGUGAAGUUAUUCCUGGAGCUACUUCCAAGGGAUUAAGAGUGCAAGCUUACUUGUUUGACGGCUACUGGGAAGAUAUCGGUACCAUUGAAGCUUUCUACAAUGCCAAUCUUGGAAUCACAAAAAAGCCGGUCCCAGACUUUAGCUUCUAUGAUAGAUCAGCUCCAAUCUAUACCCAACCUCGAUACUUGCCUCCUUCUAAGAUGCUUGAUGCUGAUGUCACGGAUAGUGUCAUUGGUGAGGGAUGUGUGAUCAAGAAUUGUAAAAUCCACCAUUCUGUGGUUGGACUUAGAUCCUGUAUAUCAGAGGGUGCAGUCAUUGAGGACUCCUUGUUGAUGGGUGCCGAUUAUUAUGAGACUGAUGCAGACAGAAAGUACCUGGCAGAGAAAGGUGAGUUACCCAUUGGCAUUGGUAGAAACACUCACAUCAAGAGAGCCAUUAUUGACAAAAACGCCAGAAUUGGAGAGAAUGUGAAGAUAAUUAACAUUGACAACGUUCAAGAAGCAGCAAGAGAGACAGACGGAUACUUCAUCAAGAGCGGUAUCGUGACCGUAAUUAAGGAUGCUUUAAUUCCAAGCGAAACCGUGAUUUAGAAAGCAGGUAGCUUUAGUGUGUGUUCUUUGUACUCGUUACCGGAUGAGUUCAACUGGUGUUAGAGUUUUUAGAAGUGACUAUGCUCUCGAGGAUAAUUUUGGUAUUACAUAUGAUGGAAGAGCUCUUUGUACCUUAAUGAACCGAAAUGAACAUUCAUUCGUUUAGCUGUUAAACAUCUCCACUACAAAUAAAUUUAAAUUUUUUUAAGAAAUUUAUUUUCUUUUUAGAACUUUUAAAAUUUUUGAGCCUACUUGUCAAAGAUUGCCCCUGGAGCUUCAAAAAUUGACUCUUUGUGGCUGCGGAUUUUCAUGGGAAGAUAUGACGGUCGUUUUCUUCUUCUUUUUU